CUAAGAUUAGUUAAGACAAUAAAUGCAAACUGGAAGUGAGAAGUGAGGGAGAAAAGGGGCGAGGAAGGCAAACUAACUGAUCGGUCAGGUUCAGGAGAACACCAGGCAACAGCUCAGCGUGUAGUCUGCAGAGUGAAAGCCACCUUCACAACCCUUUGGAGAAGAUUGACAACUUUAUUAUGAACCUAAAAUGGAGGGGAUUUACAUCAGACACAUCGAGGUGCUAGGGUUUGAGAAAAGAUUUGUCCCAAACCAACAUUACGUCUACAUGCUGAUGGUGAAAUGGAGUGACUUGACGGAAAAGCUUAUCUACAGGAGAUUCUCUGAAAUCUAUGAUUUUCAUAAAAUGCUGAAGGAGCUGUUUCCUAUUGAAGCUGGAGAAAUUGAUUCCAAAAACAGAACUCUCCCCCAUUUACCAGCUCCCAAAUGGUUGGAGGGUCACAAGGCCACAGAGAACAGGCAAAGUACCCUUUCUGAUUACAUCCAAUCCUUGGUCAACCAACCGCCAAAGAUCUCCCGCUGCCAGUGGAUUCUGAACUUCUUUCAGGUCCGCCCCGAUGAUGUGGUCCUACCAGUUCCACACCCGACAAAAAAGACAGAAACCUAUUUGUUGACAAAAGAUAAAACAAAGACAAACAUGUCCGCAAUCACAGGUCCAAUUUUACUCCAAACCUAUCGUGCAAUCGCGGACUAUAAGAAGAAUUCCAAAUACGAAAUGACUGUUCAGACAGGGGAUACUGUCGAGAUUGUGGAGAAAAGCGAAAAUGGUUGGUGGUUUUGCCAAAUGGAAGGUAAACGUGGCUGGCUGCCAGCUUCCUUUCUUGAACCCCUUGAAAGCCCAGAAGAGAGUGAUGAGCAAGAUCCCAAUUAUGAAGGUGAGCCAUAUAAAGUCAUUAACAGCUACACUGCUGUUCAGGAGGAUGAGAUGACUCUGUGUGAAGACGAGCUGGUUGAUGUAAUUCAUAAGUUGCUUGAUGGUUGGUGGGUGAUAAGGAAAGGGGAUGUUACAGGGUAUUAUCCCUCCAUGUAUCUCCAGAAAGCAGGCGCAGCUCCAAAGUCUGGAUUCGCCACAAACAGAGAGAGCCUCCCUCCACCACGAAGAAUGACCAUAAAGAAUGCACAGAGCUUCCAUAAGACAGGACGGAAGCAGAUCAGCCAGGAUGCAUACAGGCGAAAUAGUAAACGCUAUCUCCAGCAGAAGAACAAGAGUCAACCAGUUAACAAUAAGAAUGUGUGGAAACAGAACAAUGAUCCAAGAAACCCAGAGAAAUCACAGGACCCAGCUCCAGGUACUAGCAACCCAGCCAAAGACAGGCAGCAGGGGAAGACAACUCCAGUGAUUCCCCCGAGACCUACACUCAGCGAGAUCUUGGAACACUGCACUGAGCAAACCAAAAGCAGAAUAAAAUGAAUGCAAUUGCUGGAAGGGGAGAAACAGAAAAUAUUGGCUGUAUGCAGAAGGUGUGACGAAGGAAUCCUGCCCAGUCUGCCUCUGUGUUUACAAUUCCUGCAGUAAACUAUAUAGAACCUACAAUACAACUGCUCCGUUCUGAUAUUAAUACUCCACAACCUUUAGUUCCUUCUACAUCCAUUUUUUCCAUUCUCCCUUGUCUGUUUGUCUGUUGCAAUAAAGCAUAUAUAGGGAACAACUCAAUAUUAUGGUCUGUGGGACUAAGCUGUUAUCUUAGCCUACCAUCAUCAACGAGACUUUUGGCCAUUUGUAGUUCAGUGUUUGAGUGAUGCUGAGGGUUUUACUUGCUUACCUUUGAAGCUCACAGCACAGAACACUGAAAAUGGAAACAAUCCAUCAUCUCUGAUAAAGCUUAAACUCCUUUUGCUUCCAAACAAAAAUUAUAUUGAGACAACACCUAUGAACUUUGACCUGUGAGGGCAAUGUUACCACUCCUGGUCCAAUGUCCUGUCACAAAAACCAUGUCCAUUCAAUUGUUACAUCUUGUCACCAUGUUGCCCAACGUUAUUACAAAGUUUUCUUAAGGAGUUAAGAAUGUAAGAAAUAGGACCAUUCAGCCCAUUGAGCCUGCUGCACCAUUCAACACAAUUGUGGCUGAUUUUGGGCCUCAGCUCUGCUUUCUUGCCCAUUUAUCACAUCCUUCAGUUCCCCAGGACACCGAACGUCAGUCCACGUCAGCACAAAAUCUACUCAAUGAUGGAGCAUCCAUAACUCCCUGAGAUAGAGAAUCCCAAAACCCUGUGAGAGAAGAGAUUUAUCCUCACCUCAGUCUCAAAUAAUUCACAUUUUAUCCUGAGACUAUGCCCUUGUGUUCUAGAGACCCUGCCAAUGGGAAACAAUCUCUCAAUGUCGACCCUGCCAAGCCCUUUCAGAAUCUUGGAUGUUUCAGAAAAUCAUCUCACAUUCAUCUAAACUUCAGAGAGUACGGACUUAAUUUACCCAGUCUUUAGGACAACCCUUUCAUAGCAGGGAACACCUAGUGAACCUUCAGUGUACACCACCCCUAAGUAUACCCUUCUUUAAAGACACACCAAAACUGUACACAGUGUUCUGGCUGUGUUCUCACCAAAGCCCGGUAGGAUUGCAGCAUAACAUCUUCACUCCUGUUCCACAAUGACCUUGGCCUACAUCCUAUUUGCUUUCCUGAUUGCCUGCUUUUUGGUGUUCCGUGUAAGAGUACAUCCAAAUCUCUCUAAACACCAACAUUUACAAGUUGCACACGUUUUUAAAAAAUGCUGCUUUUCUUGCCUUAUGAUAAAAGUGAAUCAUCUCUCACUCUCUCACUUUGUACUCCAUCUGCUGCCUUGUUGCCAACUCUCAUCUCUAUCUCUUGUGUGUCCUCACAAGUUGCAUUUCCACCUGGUUAUGUAUCACCAACAAACUUAGUUUCAUUACUCCCUCUCUUUAGUUACAUUACCCCUCUCUUCAUCUAUAUCAUUAAUAUAGACUGUAACUAGCUAACGGCUCAGCACUGAUUGUUUUGGGCCCCAUGAUAUCCAGUUUGAAAAUGCUCCCUUUAUCCAAACUGUCCAUUUCCUGUCCAUUAACCAAUCUUGUAUUUACGUUAAGACAUUGCCCUCCAAUUCCAUGGCCUCCAUCUUGUAUUUAAACCUUUCAUGUGGCAGUUUAUCAAGCGCCUUUUGGAGAUCCAGGUAGACCACAUCUACUGGGUUCCCCUUUAACUACCAGUCUAGUUACAUCCUGGAAAAAAAACUACUGUAAAUUAUCAAACAUGAUUUUGCAUUAGUAAAGCCAUGUUCAGUUUGGCUGAUCAAACUAUGUACGUGCAUCAUUAAGGCUUCCUUAACAAUAGAUUCAGCACUUCCUGAUGACUGAUCUUGAGCUAACUGGCCUUAAGUUCCCUAUUUUCUCUCUCCUUGUAAAAGUGCGGUUACAUUUGCUAACUUUGAAUCUGCUUGGAAUAUUCUAGAAUCAGCGAAUCUUUGGGAAAUCACACACUCUCUCUAGCUGCCUCUUUGGGAAAUCUAGGAUAUGAACCGAGUGCUGGGGUUUUAUCCUAAUCACAUUCUUUUCUGCUGAUAUUAAUGUCCUGCAGUUCCACCCUCUUAUUAACCCUGAGGUUACCCUUUACCCCAUGUAUGUAACUUGUGUCUUUAACUGCGAAUAUAGUUACCGAGAGGCUGGAUCUAUCUAAAUGAACUAUAAUUUUGUAGUUCUGUUAAGAUUUACUAAUAAAAAAAAGUUCAUUGUGAA